AUGAAUAAAAAUGGAACAGCUAAAAUGAAUGAUAAUCAAAUUAGAGCAGAAGGUAGAAGGUUAUUUAAACGCUUCUAUAACAUUCCUGAUGGUGUUAAUCCUAAAAUUCGUAGAAGCUAUUUAAAUGAAGCAAUAGAUGCAUAUGAAGGGUUUGACAUUUCAUCAGAAAGUGAGAGAUUAGCGAGAAUGUUAAAUGUUAAUAUUGAUUUCUAUUAUUGUGAUCCUCAACCAGAAGACGUGGACAUAAAUAAGGUAGACUUUCCAUUAGUGGAAUCAAUAAUGAUAGAUCCAGAAUUUGAAACAGUAAAUAUUUUAUUAACACAGAGUCCAUGUGGAAAACUUCACGCUGACAGAAUAACAGACGUUGAAGCACUCACCGGCUAUAAAGUUUGUCCAUAUUGUAAAGAAGAAGUUUAUUCUAUCCGUGAUGAUCCAGAAAGGAAAAACCAAAGAAGAUUUUUAAAGCAUUGUGAGAAAUGUAAAGAAAAUAAUGGAAGAUUAAUUCAAGACGUUCAAUUGCAAAAGACCCAGCAACCAUAUGCACCACAUAUUACGAAACAGAAGAUAUAUCAGUG